AUUUGAUGGUCAAUAUUUGGUACACUAGAUAUGCAAGAUAUUCAGCUGUAUAAUGUUUGCACUUUAAUUGUUGUUUUUCAGGUCAUUGAAUUGCCUUUGUUGAAUCCAGAGCUCUUUCAGCGCGUUGGCAUUUCUCCUCCAAAGGGGUGUUUGCUGUAUGGUCCCCCUGGUACAGGAAAGACACUUCUUGCCCGAGCUGUGGCAUCUCAGUUAGACUGCAACUUCCUUAAGGUUGUGUCUAGUGCCAUUGUGGAUAAAUAUAUUGGUGAGUCAGCCCGUCUGAUUAGAGAAAUGUUCAACUAUGCCCGUGAUCAUCAACCAUGCAUUAUUUUUAUGGAUGAAAUUGAUGCUAUUGGUGGUCGGCGCUUUUCUGAAGGUACCUCUGCAGAUCGAGAGAUUCAAAGAACUUUAAUGGAGCUGUUGAACCAGAUGGAUGGUUUUGAUUCACUGGGUCAGGUCAAAAUGAUUAUGGCAACAAAUCGUCCUGACACUCUGGAUCCAGCUUUGUUGAGACCAGGACGCUUGGAUAGGAAAAUUGAGAUUGCCCUUCCCAAUGAACAAGCAAGGUUAGAAAUCUUGAAGAUUCACUCAGGACCCAUUACCAAACGAGGGGAAAUUGAUUAUGAAGCAGUGGUCAAGCUCUCUGAUGGCUUCAAUGGGGCUGAUUUACGAAAUGUGUGCACUGAAGCAGGUCUCUUUGCAAUUCGCAAUGAGAGAGACUAUGUUAUUGAAGAAGAUUUCAUGAAAGCUGUAAGGAAGGUUUCGGAUAACAAAAAGCUUGAAACUAAAUUGGACUAUAAACCUAUUUAAUUAAUUUACUAUGUCUGUAACUAAUUUCAGUACCAUGUAAUGUCUUAUUUUGAUCAUGUUUUUGUGUAUUACACUAACCAGACAAUUACAUUUUUAUGUGCAAAUUUUAAGUGGGAAGAGCUUCCUCUCUCUUUCUUGUAUUUCUUGAUUAAAUAUGGUAUGUAUUUAGAAUAGGAUUUAUCACUGGAAAUACAAUUCUUUUUAUAUUCCUAAAA